CAAAACAAUUUGACAUUCUCGGCUUCAUUCGCGGGUUUAAAACCCCCCUUUUUUAGGGACCGAUCCUUCGUAAAGAGAUCAUCUUUUUUUCUCUUUAAUGAUCCGAUCGCUUGACUGAACCAGCUGGGCCUUCGAAAGAUCAGAUUUUGGGAGAUGGGGUUUUGAGAUCGGAGAAUGGAUCGAAGGAGUUGGCUUUGGAGAAGGAAAUCAUCAGAUAAGAGUGCGGGAGGAGAGACCGAGAGCUCUGGAUCAGUUUCCUCCAUUUCCGAGCGCUACUCAGAUGAUCAGGAGGCAUUGAGGGGUUCUCCGGUUAGAAAUUCGCCAAAUAAUGCUCGGUCACCUGAGGUUACAUCGAAAAUUGAAGUUCAUGAAACUGUAAAGAGUCUCAAUGAGAAAUUAUCAGCUGCUCUUUUCAGCAUCAGUGCAAAAGAAGAUUUGGUGAGAGAACAUGCCAAGGUUGCAGAGGAAGCCGUCGCAGGAUGGGAAAAGGCAGAAAAGGAGCUUUCAGUUCUCAAGCAGCAUCUCGAAACCACAACCAAGAAGAACUCUGCUCUCGAGGACAGAAUUGGCCAUCUCGAUGCAGCACUGAAAGAAUGCCUCAGGCAACUUAGGCAAUCAAGGGAAGAGCAAGAACAAAAACUUCAAGAAACCCUCAUUAAAAAGACCAAUGAUUGGGAAUGCCUAAAGCUUGAACUCGAAACUCAUAUCACUGAGCUCCAAGCACAACUGGAAGCCAGAAAAGCUGAAGCCACCAUUUUCAUGGAGCAUGAUCUUCAACUAAAACUCCAAGCAAUUGAGAAAGAGAAUUCAAAUCUAAAGGCUGAGCUCCUUACCACAUUUGAUAAGCUCCAGAUGAAGACCAUAGAGAUGGAAUUGAGCACUAGGGCAGCUGAAACUGCCAGCAAGCAGCGCCUAGAGAGCAUAAAGAAAGUCUCUAAGCUGGAAGCUGAGUGCCGAAAACUACAGGCAUCUGCGAAGAGAUCAUCUCCACUUAAAGAGCUCAACUGUCCUGAUUCAUAUGCCUCAGCUCGAAAGGUUCUCAGUAGAAAUCUCACUUCUUCGGUUGAGAUUGACUUGAUGGAUGAUUUUCUUGAGAUGGAAAGGGUCGCAGCGUUGCCUGAGGCCGAUCGUAGGGCCUCUAAAGGAAACCCAUCAAUGGCUGAAUUUGAUGCUUUAACAUGCGAGAUAAAUGCACUGGCUAUUGAGAAACAAGACAUGGAGAUGGUUUUGGCUGAAACUGGAGAUCAGCUCAAUAUUUCACAGGAGCGGUUGAUAGUUGCUGAGACUAAGUUGAAUGAGAUGCAACGACAACUAAACUCUGCUAAUGGCUCAAAGCAUACUUUGGAGAUGGAAGUAGAGUCCCUAGAGUCAAAGAAAAAGGAACUGGAAGCUCAGCUUGAAACAAUGAACUUCGAAGUUGAAAAGCUUCGAGAGGAAGUGAGGCAAUUAGAAGGAAAGGCUGCAGAAAUAUCAACUAGUUGUCAGAAUAUUGAGGCCUUAAUUUUAGAGAAAGAGCAGCUGGAGGCUCAGCUUGUGUCAGCAAAUAUGGAAGUUGAGAAGGAGAGGACUUUAUCCUCUAAACUUGCAGCUAAAUGUAAGAAUAUGGAGGCAGUCGAGGCUGAGAAAAUAGAACUGGAAUCGAAACUCAUGUCAGCAGAAAAUAAAAUAAUUUCACUAGGAGAAAAGCUUGAGGAGCAGAUAAGGCUGUCUUCAGGGUUUACAGCAAAGGUGAAUGCUUUAGAGGAGCAGAGAGAGGCAUUAAGGUCUCAGCUUGAGGAUGCACAUAUUGAGGCUGAGAAGCUAAGGGACAAAAUGGGAAUUUUAGAGAAGGAUGUUGAAAUAGAGAAGACGGUAUCUGCAGAAUUUGUAUCUAAGACAGAAAUUUUAGAGGCAAAGAAAGACAAAUUGAGCUCUCUGCUCAGGUCAGAAAGUCUGGAAGCUGAGAAGCUAAGAGAGAAAAUUGGAAUUUUAGAAAAUGAAACUGAAUCGAAAAGGGUGUUAUCUUUAGAUCUUGAAACUAGGUGUAAGUUCCUGGAGGAGAAGAUUGAAGGAGAGAGGAAGUUGUCUGCAGAAUUUGCAGCAAAGUGUCAAACCUUGAAGGAUGAGAUAGUGAGGAUGAAGCAGGAAGUGGAGCUCCAACUAAAGAUAAGCCAGGAAAAAGAGAUUGUUGUAGCCUCUGGAAAACUGGCAGACUGCCAAAAGACGAUAGCCUCUCUUAGCCAACAGCUGAAGUCAUUGAAGGACUUUGAUCUAAUGCUUGAGAUAGAAGGUCCAGACCUCGAUGACAAAGAGAAUUUUGGCAUCACUAAUGCUCAAGAAAGUGGUUUGAGAAAAUGCUUUAUCUCCAUCUAGGAGCUAGAUACAUGUACAAAGCCAUUAGAGUACAAAGAUGUAGAGAACUUCAAUGUGUAGAAGUUCAAGUGUUGUUUGUAAAGGGGUUCUAUUGUUAUGUUGGGAUCCUAAUUUAAGCAGGAAAUAGAAGGAAUCAAAAGUUAUUUAUCAUUGUAAUUAUGUUCAAAAUGUUGUAUAACCUUGUAUAGUCAUAUUUUUGGGUGGUGAGUGGAUGAAUUCUGUGAUACCUGACUCUUUCUG